ACUCGUUGAGUCCAUAACUUGGCACCCAGACAUACAUAACCCGAUAACAAAGAGAACCCGAAAUGGUCCUUCUUCACCUGCCGAGGUUCCCUCUCUACUUCCUCACCUCAUAUCGCUUCGCCUUCUCCACUUCCUCCAGAACCACCCUCUUACGCCCUCCCAAGUCCAUCCUCACCACUUCAGAACCCGCACCCGCCGCAACCCCUUCCCCCGAAGACCUAUCCUUAUCCCUAUCCCUCGAGAACCUCUUCGUUCCGCCGGAGACUACCGUGUCCGUCGACACUGCCAGGAUCUUGAACGGUUCCAACAUUCUGCUCAGUAGCUACGCCAACGAUGCUCAGGUCUCGCAGGCCGAAUUCGUCAAGAGCAGUGUCAGAACCGAGGACUGCCCCUCCGAUGGCCUCCCUGAGUUCGCCCUCGUUGGCCGCUCCAAUGUCGGCAAAUCCUCGCUCCUCAACUCCAUCGUGCGCCGCAAGAAGCUCGCCUUGACUUCGAAGAAGCCUGGAAAAACGCAAUGCAUAAACCAUUUUCGGAUUAAUGAUAGCUGGUACCUGGUUGAUUUGCCUGGAUAUGGGUAUGCAUCUGCCCCACAUGAACUUCGAAUGGAUUGGGAACAAUUCACCAAGGACUAUUUCCUUAACCGGUCAACAUUAGUAUCGGUAUUCCUCCUAAUAGAUGCUAGCAUUCCUGCU